AGUAGUGGUAAGUUGUUAGCAUGCAGUUGCCUUCCUUUAUGUCUUAUUUGAAGGGAGAAUUCAUUUAAGUGCUAUAUAACAUAUGCUCUCCAACUCCUCUCCUCUGCAUGGAAAUUUGUGUCGGUUUCAACUUUAAAAUGCAACAACAACGUUUUCUUCUUCCUCCUUCGAUCCACCCAUAAAUUCCCUGACUCUCCAUUCAAAUCUUUUUACACUGCUCUUCCUUCCACUUCUCAUUACUUCAUUUCCGACAUGCAUAGAUCAUUAGUCAGGCAGUUCAAGUUUGUCACCAGUGAGAAAGUAAGAUUUCACUCCGCAGUUGGUUCUGGCAGGAGGUUAGAAGGCAAAGUAGCCUUAAUCACAGGAGGUGCAAGUGGGCUUGGCAAGACCACUGCCUAUGAGUUCAUAAAAAACGGAGCCCAGGUCAUCAUUGCAGACAUCGAUUCCCAAAUAGGCCCACAAGCUGCAAAUGACCUGGGCCAUGCAGCUCAUUUUGUGCAGUGUGAUGUGGCCAUUGAGUCCCAAGUAGCAGAAGCUGUAGAAAUUGCCAUGGCCCGUCAUGGAAAACUAGAUAUAAUGUUCAACAACGCGGGCAUAGCAGGGCAGGCAUUCCCAGCGAGCGUUGCAGACCUUGACCUAGAAGAAUUUGAUAGGGUAAUGCGGAUCAACGUUCGAGGCAUGGUCGCAGGGAUAAAGCAUGCAGCCCGAGUGAUGGUUCCUUUGGGGUCGGGCUCCAUUCUUUGCACAUCAAGCAUUAGUGGGAUUAUGGGUGGGCUUGGGCCACAUCCAUACACAAUAGCAAAAUUCACAAUUCCUGGAAUUGUCAAGUCUGUGGCUAGCGAACUGUGCCGAAGUGGGGUGAGGAUCAACUGCAUUUCACCGGCUCCUAUUCCAACUCCAAUGGUGAUAAGUCAAAUAGCUCAAAUUUACCAAGGUGUUCAGAAAGAGAAGGUAAUUGAGAUUAUAAAUGGGGUAGGGGAGCUGAAAGGGGCCGAAUGUGAAGAGAUAGAUGUGGCAAAGGCUGCAUUGUACUUGGCGUCAGAUGAAGCCAAGUAUGUAACAGGUCAUAACUUGGUUGUUGAUGGAGGGUUCACCAGCUUCAAGAAUCUUAGGUUCCCUUCUCCACCCUGACCAGCUUGUUUAAUAUCAUCAUCCUUUUCGUUUUGCUUUCUUCCUUGAUUAUCAUCAAAUUAAAUUAGCUUUUGUUUGGUUUGGAAUUUGGACUAAGGUUUUCUUGAAUUUGUGUGGAUGAUGUAAAGGGCAUGGAAAACUUACCGUAAUACACAACGAAUGGAAGAACUGAAACUGAAAUAGUAAGGGUGAGCGGGAGAUCAUUUAGACGAUUCAAGUUUGAAUCAUAACUAAUACUUUCCUUUUGUAAAGUUACAGUAAAUAUAUAAACCCAUUGGACGUUGGAAAAUAUAGGAAUAGAUAUAGCCAACACUAAGGAUUUUUGAAAGAUGAUGAUGAAGGAAAAGGACAGUUGAGAAGGACAAACAUUGAAGAUGGAGGUUAUAAUUCUAAUUAAAAUUGAAUAUGCUCGAUCAAUCGAAAACAGAAAAAAACAAGUUAGUUGUCUGCAUUUUAUUAAACUCACGAGACGUGCAACCCAACUAUUAAUGACCUUGAUGGCUUACCCCACCUAAUACCUUGGAACAAUAUUAUUUACUCU